AUGAGGCACAGCCUGACCACGCUGCUGGCAGCCUCGGGCACCGACUCCCCAGCCCACGGCAGGAGCCUGGCGCAGGCUGCCCCCGGACCGGACCCACGCGGCAGCAGGGGGUGGGGGUGCGUGCCCUCGCCCAAGGAGAUGGAGGAGGAGGCAAUCGCCAGCGUCCCCAGGAACGAGAUGGAGGAUGUGGACUUCCUGUCUGGGCUGGAACUGGUCGAUCUGCUGGACCCCCGGCAACCGGACUGGCCCCUGGAGCCCGGGCUCAGCUCGCCCUGGGGGGCGGCUAGGACUGCGCCCUCCAUCUUGCCCUGGGUCCAGAAGAAACGUCCCCUGAGCUACAGCUCCCUGACCUGUGAAGGCGGUGAGGACUAA